CAAUGACUGCAAUUUCUGCCAAGCACAAGAUAAAACAGUAUCUAACAACUGCCUUAAAAGCAUUUCCCUCUGUCAAAAACCGACCAAAUUCCAAUAUUUUAGAAGCCCAAACUCUUGAAUUCUUAAUGAAACGAGUAUGUCUGGUCUCAAGAAUACUUCCCAUCCCCUUCGCCCUUCAAAUUCAUAUAAUUCCCUUUACAAUAACCCUCUAGUCGUUGCAUCUGAGGACAAAGGGAAUGAUUCUCCGAAUAAGCCCAAAAGUUCGGGUCUGGCUGGGAAAGAGAAUGCUGCUCCAACUAGUGGAGCCAAGUCCAAGCUGAAAGAUGGAGUCUUCAAGCCAUCUUCACUUAAGCUGUGCAUGAAAAAACAGGAUUCUGAUUCUGGGAAUCUGUGGGACUAUUCAGAUUCAGAGGCCGCGCCUGCUUCUUCUUGGUCUACCUUACCGAAUAGGUCAUUGUUGUGUAGGCCUUUGCCUGUGGAUAUAGGGAGGUGUACCUGUGUUAUUGUGAAGGAAUCAUCUCCAGAUGGUUUCAGCGGAGGAUCUCUCUACUCACUCUACACCUAUGAGGGUCAAGGAAGACAGAAUCGGAAGCUUGCUGUAGCUCAUCACAGAAGGCGAAAUGGAAAAUCAGAAUUUAAAGUUGCUCAAAGUUCAAAGGAACUAAUGAUGAGUUCAGAAGACAGUUUGAUUGGGAAAGUAACUGCUAACCUCACGGGAUCAAAAUACCACAUAUGGGAUCAGGGGCAACUUAAUUCUGGACCAAAACCAUCCAAACUAUUAGCUGUUGUGAGGUUUUCUGCUACAGUGGCUACCUGGAUUGGGAGUUACAGAAGGAUCAAAUCAUGGGUACCAAAGCACCAAUCCAUGCUGUUGAAAAGCAGCACAACAACACAGAUCCAACAUAUUAAUGGAUUGCCAAUAGAUUGGAAGGAACAUAUGGAUAAUGUUCAUCAGCUGCUAUCUAGGGCUCCCAUCUUCAACAAGAUUUCGAAACAGUAUGAGUUAGACUUCAGAGACAGAGAAAGGCCAGGACUCAGAAUCCAGAGCUCUGUGAAAAACUUUCAACUGAUGUUGGAGAAGAAUGGAAGGCAGACAAUACUACAACUUGGGAGGGUAGGGAAAUCAAAGUAUGUGAUGGAGUAUAGAUAUCCACUAACUGGUUAUCAAGCGUUUUGCAUUUCAUUGGCUUCCAUUGACCCAAAGCUUUGCUGCAUGGUAUAAUAACUUCAGAACAUUCGGCUUAGCAUUUUGUUUAGUUUGGUUUGAAUGUAUAAAGUGGUCUCAAGUGUGUCAAGAAAGAAUCUCCUUGACAUCCAGACUAACAUUUCAUUUUAAUUUUAUAGUUCUAAGAUUUACUUUUUCAUACCAAACAUAACUAUUAUUUAGUGAGAAUAACCAAGCAUAAAUAUGAGAAUAGUUUAUGCAAGUACAUAAAGCUUUGCUGAUUUAACUAUGCCUAUAGUGGGUUGAAAUCUAG